GCACUAAACCUACACGAGUUAGAACAAAAGAGUAAAGAAACUGACAAUGGGCUUUGUCAUGAUCAUUCCUGCAUUAUUAUGGAGACACUCAGCACUAAUUGCAUUAGAAAUCAACACGCGCCUCCGACUCAAGAGCAUACCUGUACUAAUAAAUAUAUCACAUCUCAAGAAUUACCACCUAACCCUCGAAUACCACCAAAACAAGUUGAUAAGCAGGAGCCUCAAAAACAUGCUGGUCAGGUAAGUCAAUUCCCAAAAUAUACGGCAAUUUCGGACAAGAACAGCAACGACAAUGCAAAACGACACAAACCAUCACAACAUGAAUUAACUAACUGUUAUGCCAUCCCGACUGGCGUUACCCAUAGAACACCAUCAAAGAAAUCGACGUGGCGACGAAAUAAACAUGGCGCUAGAAUCAACCAGACUGAGGAGGGUUUUCGCAAGGACAAAUGGAAAGCCAAUAUGAGCUUUUUCCAGUAUUAUUACUAG